GCCCCUCGGGUGCAGCAGCUGGUUCCGGCCCGCUCACUCACGGUCCCGCCUCGCUGCUGCAGCGUCCGGAGGACCGCUCAACGGGAGGAGCGCCGAGUCGGCCGGGGUCCUUGGUAGCAGCCGGCUGUGUGAUUGCGGAGCCCCACUGUGAGCGGGACACGUGACCAUCAUUAACCAUGAAGAACCCAUUUGCACACCUUGCUGAACCCUUGGAUCCUGCACAACCAGGAAAGAGAUUCUUCAAUUUGAAGAAAUUGGAAGACUCACGAUAUGGGCGCCUGCCGUUUUCCAUCAGAGUUCUCCUGGAGGCAGCCAUUCGGAACUGCGAUGAGUUUCUGGUGAAGAAGAAUGACAUUGAAAACAUCCUGGACUGGAAUGUCAUGCAGCACAAGAACAUAGAAGUGCCCUUUAAACCUGCCCGCGUCAUCCUGCAAGACUUCACGGGUGUGCCAGCUGUGGUUGAUUUUGCAGCUAUGCGUGAUGCCGUAAAGAAGCUGGGAGGGAAUCCAGAGAAGAUAAACCCUGUCUGUCCCGCUGACCUGGUAAUUGAUCACUCCAUCCAGGUGGAUUUCAACAGAAGGACAGACAGUUUGCAGAAGAAUCAAGAUCUGGAAUUUGAAAGAAAUAGAGAACGGUUUGAAUUUUUAAAGUGGGGUUCCCAGGCCUUUUGCAAUAUGCGGAUUAUUCCUCCUGGCUCGGGAAUAAUUCACCAGGUGAAUUUGGAGUAUUUGGCAAGAGUAGUGUUUGAUCAGGAUGGAUGUUACUACCCAGACAGCCUCGUGGGCACAGAUUCACACACUACCAUGAUUGACGGUCUAGGAGUCCUUGGCUGGGGUGUAGGUGGCAUCGAAGCAGAAGCUGUCAUGCUGGGUCAGCCCAUCAGCAUGGUGCUUCCCCAGGUGAUUGGCUACAGGCUGAUGGGAAAGCCCCACCCUCUGGUAACGUCCACGGACAUCGUGCUCACCAUCACCAAGCACCUCCGGCAAGUUGGGGUCGUGGGCAAAUUUGUGGAGUUUUUUGGGCCGGGAGUGGCCCAACUGUCGAUCGCUGAUCGAGCUACAAUUGCCAACAUGUGCCCAGAGUACGGCGCGACCGCGGCCUUCUUCCCAGUGGAUGAAGUCAGCAUUGCGUACCUGCUGCAGACAGGUCGCGAGGAGGACAGAGUAAAGCACAUUAAAAAGUAUCUGCAGGCUGUAGGCAUGUUUCGAGAUUUCAGUGACCCUUCUCAAGACCCAGACUUCACUCAGGUUGUGGAGUUAGAUUUGAAAACAGUUGUGCCUUGCUGCAGUGGACCGAAAAGACCCCAGGACAAAGUUGCUGUGUCUGACAUGAAAAAGGACUUUGAAAGCUGCCUCGGAGCCAAGCAAGGAUUUAAAGGUUUUCAGGUUGCUCCAGACCGUCACAAUGACCAGAAGACAUUUAUCUACAAUGACAGUGAAUUCACUCUUACUCAUGGCUCUGUGGUCAUCGCUGCCAUCACUAGCUGCACAAACACCAGCAAUCCAUCCGUGAUGUUAGGAGCGGGACUGCUAGCGAAGAAAGCUGUGGAGGCGGGACUGAAUGUGAAGCCCUACGUCAAAACUAGCCUGUCUCCCGGGAGUGGCGUGGUCACCUACUACCUUCGAGAGAGUGGAGUCAUGCCUUAUCUGUCCCAGCUAGGGUUUGACGUGGUGGGCUAUGGCUGCAUGACCUGCAUUGGCAACAGCGGACCCCUUCCUGAGCCUGUGGUGGAGGCCAUCACUCAGGGAGACCUCGUAGCUGUUGGAGUGCUUUCUGGGAACAGGAACUUUGAAGGUCGAGUCCAUCCUAACACCCGGGCCAACUACUUAGCGUCUCCCCCAUUAGUAAUAGUGUAUGCAAUCGCAGGGACCAUCAGAAUUGACUUUGAGAAAGAGCCUUUGGGAGUGAAUGCACAAGGCCAGCAAGUAUUUCUGAAGGAUAUCUGGCCAACCCGAGAUGAGAUCCAGGCGGUGGAACGGCAGUAUGUCAUCCCUGGGAUGUUCAAGGAGGUGUAUCAGAAAAUAGAGACUGUAAACAAAAGCUGGAACGCCUUAGCAGCCCCCUCAGACAAACUGUACACAUGGAACCCCAAAUCUACAUACAUCAAGUCACCGCCCUUCUUCGAAAACUUGACUCGAGAUCUCCAGCCACCCAAGUCUAUAGUGGAUGCCUAUGUGCUGCUGAAUUUAGGAGACUCAGUCACGACAGACCAUAUCUCUCCGGCGGGGAAUAUUGCGAGAAACAGUCCCGCUGCUCGCUACUUGACCAACAGAGGGCUGACGCCACGAGAGUUCAACUCUUACGGCUCCCGCCGGGGAAAUGACGCCAUCAUGGCACGGGGGACAUUUGCCAACAUUCGCUUGUUGAACAAGUUUCUGAACAAGCAGGCUCCUCAGACUGUGCAUCUUCCUUCAGGAGAAACCCUUGAUGUGUUCGAUGCUGCUGAGCGGUACCAGCAGGCUGGAUUUCCCUUGAUUGUUCUGGCUGGCAAAGAAUACGGUUCAGGCAGCUCCCGAGAUUGGGCAGCCAAAGGCCCUUUCCUGCUGGGAAUCAAAGCUGUGCUGGCAGAGAGCUAUGAACGCAUUCACCGCAGCAACCUGGUCGGGAUGGGGGUGAUCCCCCUUGAGUAUCUGCCCGGCGAGACUGCAGACUCGCUGGGACUCACGGGUCGGGAACGGUACACUAUCGACAUUCCUGAAACCCUUAAGCCACGCAUGAAGGUUCAGAUAAAGCUGGACACUGGGAAGACCUUCCAGGCUGUCAUGAGGUUUGACACUGACGUGGAGCUCACUUACUUCCGUAAUGGAGGCAUCCUGAACUACAUGAUCCGCAAGAUGGCCCAGUAGGAGCUGGUCUCCCAGGAGACCUGCCCCAUUGGUGCUGGAGCCAGUGAGGUACCAGGCCCCAGCAGCUGAAGCCUGGUAAAGCAGCCACCUCUACCUCUAACGAGGGGGCUGCCAAGAUGAGCAAGUGGGCACUGCCAAUGCUGGAGGCACCCACUGGGCCAGGACUUUCUACAUUCUUGAUUUGUUAAUCUUUUUAUCCUUUUCUAUAAUUUGGAAUCUAGAAUCAUGGGAAGGUCAGUAGUACCAAAAAGAGAACUAGCUUGUCUUUAAGUUACUGAUCACCGGACAUUGAUUUUUUUUUCACUCUGACUAAUCUUCAACCGAACACUAGCCAGUAUUCUCAGAAGUAUCUUCUAGCCUUUUUUACUGUCCUUCUCUGCUCAGUGAACCUUUCCUCAGAGAGCCCGUUCCUCAGAGAGCCCGUUCCUCUAUACUUUACACCAGUGUUGACUGACAUAGGUAAGAACUUCACCUUCAGAUCAUAGCAGUGAUAUCAUCCCCUCCUUCUAAGUGAGCACAACCCUGGUGGAUAGGUCAGCCAUCAAAGGGGUUUAUGUACCUUUCAAUCAACAUGAGAAAUCGUCCUGACCAUUUUCAACAUUUGUUGAGAGGGGGGCCUUUGUCUGAAAGUAACUGGGAAGAGGGACAGGAUUUCUAAUUUGAAUAAGAUUAAAUAUAUUUUCAUGAAAA